AUGUCCGAAAAAAAGAUCAGGACGAAAAGGGAUAAUCCCGGUUUGAUUGAUGAGGCUGCUGGUGACGCAAAGACGAUUGUCGAUGCUUAUGGUACCAGCAUGGGUGCAAGUGUGGGUGUAGGCAUUGGUACAGCUAUUGGCGGUCCAAUAGGGAUGGCUGUUGGCGCGGGUAUAGGUUACGAAGUUGGUAAGUUAGUUGAUGAUGCGGGUGAUGACGCGAUUAAUGAAGCGGAUACUGAAGCAAAGUCACUUGUCGAUGAUGAAGCUCAAACUGUGGAAGGUGAAUUUGAAUAG